UACUCAUCUUGACCAGACAGGGGCGGAAGACAUCCCUGUCUACCGCACUCGCUGCUCAUUGGUCAUUGAUGACGCGGGACCACGCGUAGAAGCGCGUCAAUUCUCCUCCGUCACCGUCCCUUCUCAAGCUCGAAGCUCACAACCUCCCCACGUAUCAACUACUUGAUCAUCACUAGUUCAGCAAAGUCCGUCCGCGCAUCCACUUUAGCAAUACCUCUGCUCUAUUUUUCCAAACAUCAACCAAGGACGACCGACACGUUCGCGCCAUCGCCACCACUAAUAUCACUCAAAAUGUCCGAGCCCAGCAUCCUCAUCGGGCUUCAUUACCGUGGCCGUCUCUCCCUGGGCGAACAUCGUGCCCGGCUCGGCUUUGCCGCCUUCCAUUGGAGCAUCAUCAUAGUUGGCACUCCCUCGGAUCCGCACAAGAUCCACCGCUUCGAUGUCACCGACGGCUUCAUCUUUAACGAUGACGGCACAGACGCUAACCCCACUCGCGACUGGAUCUUCCAACACCAAACCACGAACUCCCUCGCCGAGAUCACAAGGUACCUGGGCGCCGUAAGGGUGGGGAAGGUGCUGGCCCCCCGGAUGUCGGCGGCAGAGGAGCUUAAGCUCUUCUUCGAGGCACUACCGUUGCCUAGGAAGGAGAACGCAGAAGGGGAGGAAGAGCAGGAGCAGAAUUGUGUGAGCUGGGUCCGUGCUGCGGUUCGGGCGCUAGAAACUUCGGCGUGGUGCCAGCUUGCUGAGCAACCGCUGAAUUUAGACGAUCUUAUGGGGUUUGCGCUGACGCACGCAGACACACGGAUCAGAGAUCUGAUUGCGAUCCCAGAUGUGAUAGAUUAUCCAAGGCAAGAGAAAAAGCGAGAAGGUGCGGUUAGAGCGCUUAUUUCGUAUAUAAAAAGACCACGGAAAGGGUAGUAUGCAUGCAUGUUUUGUUCAUCUUUAUGCCUAGUUAUAAGUCUACAGACUAAUUUUUUCUAGUACAUACGACCAUAGGUCACAGAGAACAUGGCAUCCCGUCCGCUCUGCCAAAAUUAAGCUGUGAAUCGGCUGAUUAGUAGUUAGGUGGGUGACCACUAGCGAAUCCCAGCUGUUGUAUGUUUUUUGUUUUUGGAAUUAUGAUCUUUUCCUAUUUCUUUUUGCUCUAAAGUCUGGUGUUUUUAGUUGCAACGUUGUAGUUUUGCUCAGUGACAAUAAACAGAUCCGUGACCGACCUUAGUUGACUCUAAGACUUCACUGAUCUAGUGGACAGUAUCGAGCCCCAGAGGCUACAGUAAUAGAUGCAUAUACGAUCCGAGAGAGUCAUUUAGCAGGAAGUCUAGACAAGCUCACAUCAUCUGUGGC